AUGGCAGAUCCCAGCGACCUCCCUAUAGCUCUGAGACGGACACGUCGAAGCGUCACCAGGCUCUCGGCCCGAUGUGCUACGGGAGCAGCAGACGUGUCCGUGUUAGGUAGAGACCAGACGCCAACCACACCUACACGGUCGCUGAGCCGGCAUAGCGGCGGCACCAAGAAGCAGGUCCGCUUUUCAGACCCCGGGCCGGUCUUGUCUGCAGAUGGCGAUGCGGCAGACAGCGUGGUGGUAGCGGGAACGGGUCUGACGCCCAUGAUCCGACGCACAUCGCUGGCGAGCAAGAGUGCAACGCCGUCGUCGACGUCUCGUCGGCGUCACUCCACCCCUGACCGUCUCAACUGGCCGUCGUCGCCGGCCUCGCGGGGCCGCGGUGUCAACAUGGACGCGCCGUCCAGCCCAUUCAGUGGCGACGUGACCUUUCUGCCGCUGCGCCAGGUGCUGGACGGCCGGGUGAAGCGAAGGCUCCGCCGCAACGGGCUCAGCGAAGAGAUGAACACGAUCCAUGCAGAGAGGCGGCUGCAGGCGGCUGCAGCCCGAGCAGAGCUGCAGCAGCUACGAUCAGAUGUGGCCGAGAAGGAUGCCGCCAUCCAGCAGCUACAGCAGCAACAACAGAAGCUGCAGCAGCAGAGGACUGAAGGAGAGGCGGACACUUCUGGCAAUGCUGCCGCCGAUGCUUCCGACGACGACACCAUUGUGCUGGACACGGACCGGAUCAUGGAUCUGGAACGACAGGUGGCAGAGCUGCGUCGUGAGCUCGUGGUACGCGCGGAUGCCCUGUCCCCAUCGACACCUGAGGCAGGCCACCGCAGCUACAACUGGACCUUUGCUGCCCGCGACCCCUUUAGUUCGACGAUACGGGAUGAGGAUAGCGGCUUUCCUGAUAUGUCUUCGCCUACCAUUGAAGACGGUGAGGAUGUGGUCUUUGGCGACAUUACCAUGGCCGAGUUGCAGAGCAGCACGCCCAGUCGGCCAGCCAGAGCAGGAGGACGCUUGACACGCCCCAGCUGCACGGCUGCAACGGGCAGCUUUCCGACACCGCCUCCAACCAGUCCUGCACCAGCGGCUGCAACUCCUGUCACGCCGAUCGGACGGUACUUUGCAGCCGACACGAUGCUGUCGGCAUCGCCCGUGACCAGCAUGUUGGUUUCCCCGCCGCAGGCCGACGCCGAGAUGCAGGUAUCAUUGCCGGAUGCGGAGAAGGAGCGGCUCCGGGCAGAUCUCGUAUCGCUGCAGGGCGAGAUGGCCCAGCUCGAGACAGCCGUGGCGGCGCACCAGUCCCUGAUGGCGCGACUGAACACGACGCUAGCUACGGGAGGUAUCAGUGACGGGGCUGACAGGCUGGAGGAGCACGUGACCGGCCUAUUGCGCAGCUUGUCCGACAAGACGGCCGCUCUGGCCGAGCUCUCAGCCGAGCUGCACGGGCUCGGCUUCACUGACGGAAGAACCGUCUGUGCAGACCCCAGUGGGGUGAUCACGUUGCUGGCGGCUGCAUUCCGCUCUGCCCGUCUGGAGCUCGAGUACCUGACGCCCGGUGAGAUAUCGCUGCCGCUGACAGCCACGGGCGCAGCCGUGCUAGAUCUGCUGCUGGAGCGGCUGCGGACUCUAGCUCGCCGGGUCCACGCUGCGGACGCGCAGAUGGACGAACAUCACGAGCUGGAGCGCAGCCUGCGCCAGCAGCUGGGCGACCGUGUGUCCGCAAUGGACAGCCUGUCUCACAAGGUGGCCGUGCGGGACGCGCAGAUUGGCGAGUUAGAAGCAGCCGUGCAGAGCAAGGACGCAGAUGCGGUGGCGACGGCUGCGGCCCACGACGAACGGGUGGCCGAACUGGAGGUGGGCCUAGACCGGCUGAAGGGCGCCAUGGCGAACUAUGCGCGCGACGUGACUGAGCUAGAGGCGCUGGUGCGGCGGCUAGAGGCGACGGUCGGUGAGAAGGAGGCUGCUCUGGGCGAGAAGGAGGCCGCAGUUGACGCACUGGAGGCCCGGCUGGCUGCGGCCAUCAGUGAGGGUGAGACGCUGCGGGCCGAUGCUGCGGCAGAACACGACCGCACCACAGCCUCGCUGCGUGGUGAGAUCGACCAGGUCAACGCAGCGCUCCGGGCAGCCCAGGAUGCGGCCCGCCAGCUGCGCCUCGACAAUGCCGACCUCAGCGCCCAGCUGGGCGCCAACCACAUCCGAUCUCGGACGGCCGUGGCCACGCUGCAGGCGGAGCUGACUCGGAUGGUCAGUCGGCUGGGCGAGGAACUGCUAGCUGGGGGGCCAGCCGAAACACCGCCCGUGGCUGUCUACACAGGGCCAUUUGCGGAGUCAACGAAGCGUGCCAGCUGCGGCGACAGCGAGGAUGCUAGGGCUGAUGGCCGCUCGUCGCCGAUGGCAGAGGAGACGACUAGCCGCAAACGUCGGCGAUAUGACGAGGAAGUCCAUGGCUGA